CGGAGCCGCUCGGAUCGAAGACGCCUCGACGUUGGAUCGAACGGGCAGCAGCAGCGUGUGCAUCAGUGGCGAGACCCCGUGAUGCCACCGCCGCCGAGUGUUUGGAAUCGUUAGCAACGGGCCUCGAAAAAUGGCCUCGAUGUUGGGAGACGGGACGGGCCCCGGAGGCUCGGGACCCUCCCGAUGCCUCUUGCUCUUACAAAGGUCCCUGGCGAUUCAGCUGACCAGGGGUCCGCCUCCUCAGGUUCUGAACGCCAGCCAACGGGAGAGUCCCAAGGAGCAUCCAGCCGACGAGAUGUGGAUGUACGAUAAAGGUUACAAUUUGUUUCAGAGCUUCUUGGAGGCGAACUCCAAAUGCUGGUGGAACGCAGCCUUGGUGGACGCAACCCGACAACUCAGGUACAAGGGUCACGUGUCACCUGGCGUGCUGAUGGUCGGUGGACCACCCUGUGCCCUCGAGGUCUUGAGGGCAGCCUGGGCUCGGAAUGUCCUACGACCGCCGGCCGAUCACGCGAUAACUUGCCUCGGCGACAUCGAGGAUUGCCUGGUUGCCCCCGUUGCCCAAGGACAAUUCACGCCGCUACCGGAAGCUCUUUGUUGGGCCAUUUUGGAGUUAACUUCUCAGAGGCAAGCUGCCACGCUGGACACGCUCAGAUCCGCUCUCAGGAACGCAUUUCCGGCCAUGCAGAGACCUAGCCGCGAACUCGUUUACGACGCCCUCGCGAAGCUCAUGCAGGAACGAAAGAUCUAUCACACGUCACAGGGUUACUUUGUCGUCACGCCCGAGACCAGAAGACUCAGGCGCGACUCCAGCAACUCCAGGAGAUGUUCAAGAGAGGUGAGCGGAUCCAGAGGUCAGGGUAGCAUGCUCAUGUCCAACGACGAGGCCAUGGCGCUCGUGCACGGCGAGAUGCUAACCCUGAGGGACGGCGACGUGACGCAUCAAGCUGUUCAGACGAAUCUGGCAGACGUUAUUUGCGGAGGUAACCCCAACGACAAGGUUCUGUUCGCAAGAUGUCGAUCGAUGCCGGGUCGCCUCGAGAGGCGACAUUCUCUGCGACUUUGGGGAUCCGCCAGACGCUUACACAGAAGCGGAAGUUCGCGGUCUCUGCCACGAAGGCCAGAAAGAAGCGACACUUCGUCGAGCGCGGAAUACGCGAGCACCGACAGCGCGCCCCAUAGCCCAACCAGUUUCUCCGGGAUUUUUUCAGAGAAAAUAGGUCUUCUCUCGAGGCUGUUCCGACGCAGCACACGGAGGAAGGGUGCACCGUUAAUGGGCACGUUCAGUGCUCAGUAUCCUCCUACCGAGUGGUUCAAUCCACGUGUCGUUCACCUACACAGCGUAGCCACGCAAACGAGAGCCGCUAGCCCUUCGAUGAUGGAGGGUCUAGAUCAAUCGCAGGCCAGUUUCCAAGUAUGGGAUGAUUCGAGCUCCGUGCGAUCCGCCACACUGCCGAGGCGACAUCGACGCCAGGCCAGCGGCGAUUCCUCUAGUUUAUUGGCCAACUCGACGCCAAGGAGUUCCAGACGACAUCGAUCACCGUGUUCCACGCUGCCCAGAUCAAAGUGCUCCAGCCUAAGCAGAUGUACGUCCAGAGCUUCUGUCCUGCCGCCGAGUACCAACCAGGAAUCCUAUCAGGGUCGUAAUCAAACUCAGAACGGUAAACACUCGGCCAACUCGUCGCCCAGCAGAAGCGGCGGAAGUUCCGGAUCCGUUAGAACCACCAACGCUAGCCCGGCCAAGACGGCCACGCUAGGCAGAUCCAGCACGAGACAAUCCAACUGCAGACGACCGAGUCACGAUUCCACUGGCAGUGGUACCAAAUCAAAUGGAUCGCCUCAGCACAAGGUUUUGCAAAAGACAUCGUCCGGCCAUUCGUCCCACUCCAGUGGAAAGUCAAUAUCUAGUGGCAAGCUCUCCUCGUCGCCUUUGAAGACGUCUACGCUACCAGCGAAAUCUUCCCCGUUGAAAGUGGUGCAACAAGGAUCGUUGACACCGUUGCAGGAAGCGCAGAACUCGAUCACUCUACAGGUGUCGACGAAUUUAACCCCAGUCAGCCCGUCGCAGGAGCAACGGGCUAUUCAGAACAGCGUGACACUGGCCUCGAACGCGACCAGCACGACCACCAUCUCGGGCUCCCCCGGCACAAAGAUCUACGUGCAACAGAAUAACUCUCCCAUGAGAUCGGUGAUCACGUUUGAGAACGGGACGGUGAAGACCAAGCUGGCUGACAAGGACACGAUGGAUUGCAAGGAGAAGCAGGACCGAGAAUUGAUCGGCGAGAAACUGUACAAGAGCAAGAUAGACGAGGAGAAGCUGUUCAAGUCGAAGCUCGACGAGGAGAAGCUGAACAAGUCGAGCAAGCUCGAGCGUCCGUCCUCGCUGUACGCUUGCAAGGAAUCGAAACCGAGCCACCUGCUGUCCGAGUCCGAUAAGGAGAACAAGCCAAAAGUCGAGGAGGAAGUGCCGAACAAACUGAAGCUGACGAAUCGUUUGAACAACAGCCAAGCCCAUCUGAUAGACGGCUCGUCCAACAACAUCGACAAGAACUCUUUGGUCAACGAGCAUCCUCCGACCAGCAUGAAGAACACCAACGAUGCCAUGAACAACUCGAGGAAGCUGAGUUUGUCCCUGUCGAAGGAUGCUCUGAGCUACAGAAACCUCCUCCGUCCCGGUUCGAAGAACAACAUCGCGUCUAAUCCACCCUCGCCUACCAAGUCGUUCGACGGUUUCGGUGGCUCGUUCAACAACGUCUACAUAGAGAACCUCGAGACCACGAAACAGCAAAGGGCCCCGCAAGGCUCGGAGCCAAAUCUAGAGAAGACGGUGAGUCGAGGCGAUCUCUACUCGUACCCGAGCCUGAGCGACAUGCAGGUCCAGUUCACCAGCCUGGCCGCGCAGAAGAUUCUCAAGGGUUGCCCGAUCAACAGCGUGGACACGUUGGUCGAGGUGAACAUGGCGGCCGCGGAGAAGCCUAACAACUGCGACGUUACUGUUCAUACCGACUUUGGACUCGUUUAAAGUUUUCCUCGUCGACCAGGAAAGACGUUGCUUCCACGCGUUUCGUACAGUGAAAGGUUGAACUUUAGCAUGAUGAACUUCUCGGUAUCUCGUAUGCUUGCGUCGUGGUAGAAUUGUUAAAUAGCAAACGGAAGAACGCUGUACUGCUUAAGCAUAUAGAGAGCAUUGUAACAGUUACCAAUAAAUAAACGUUUGUUAUGUUCAUCAACUAUAUGUAUCGCAUGAUCGCACGCUAUCUCUUUACCCGACAGUUUCACGAUCUGAGUAAUAUUCGCGGUUAAUGACCAUCGAUUAUCAUCCAGGUGAUUCUCGAACAUUGUGCUUCCAUUGAUCAUCUAUAUGCUUACGCGGCUGUACGUUCGAUGAUGUAAAAUAAAAGCCAGCCAUUCCACACACGCAGAAUAUUCGUUAGCUUAUCCCUAGUUGCUCAGAGCUCAGCACUCAACAAUCCGGCGAAGUAUAUGUUCCAGCGAUAAUUUUAUUCCAGUGAUAUUUAAGUUACAAACAUCUGUAUGCUCGUCGCAUCGUCAUUCCACUUGUCGUUCGUUCAUUUGCUGACUUUCCAUCCAAAAAUAUUGCAUUUCGCGUCGUAUAACGUAACGUUGUCCGUACCGUUUUGGGCGAAUCGGAGGCGUAAAUGUAUCAUUUCGUAUGAAAUUAAUCACGAUUCUCUUUUGAUAAAUCGGCCGUCAAACAACGCGUUGUCAGAUUCCAAUCGUGCCUCCGUUGCCUCUUUUUCUUUUUUUAUCUUUGUUUAAUGUAGUACGCGAAAUGAACUAUAAACGGGUACCACAGCGUCGUAACGUUAGCAGUUUUGCAUCGCUUUACCGAGUGAAAGCGAUUUGCUAAAGCAAUACUUCACGUACGAUAGCCUGACAAUUUGCCUUACUCGAACGGGAGAGAAUGAGAGAGAGAGAGAAAGAGAGAGAAAGAGAGAGAAAGAGAAAAACAGAGAGAUAAUAUUUUAUUGCAAAUUCCAAAUACUGCCAAUUUCCGUAGCGUCGAUUUAGGAUAGCGAUGAAUCUAAGGAAAACUCGAGUCUUCGUGGAAAAUGUAUAAAAGCGGUAAUUUUACGUGCACCAUUCGUUCAUUUCGAGUUGAUCGUCACGUUCGAACGUUGAGAGUUUGUAAGCGUUAGACGAUAUUUUCUUUCGGUCGAUAUGCCAAAGUAGAGUGGAAGCGUAGUGCAGUGAACUUUCUGUAGCGUUUAGGACAUAGUUAUUGACUUUCUAUUACGACUAUAAUUAAAGCGUAUUACGAUUAUCUUAUACUUAUCGGGACACUCGUCGAAACGGGUGAAAUUUUUUUUGAAACGAAUUUUUCGUAAAUGACCACUGUAUACGUAUAAAUUUUAUAUCGAAAUUACACCGUAUAGAUACCUCUGAUCGAACCGUGUUGAAAUAUCGAGAAGAAAUUUUCAAACAGAGUCGCCGUUUAUAAGAGAGGAACCGCCAAUCGUUUGAACGGAACCUUGCACAUGCGCAGAACGUUUAUACCGAAUGAAAUAAUCGUGACGCGAAACACAGAAGUCAACUGCCUACAGUGUCGCAAAAUUACUGUGACGGAUACGUAUAACGAAAAGAGGUGCAUUCCCCUAUUGAGAAAAUAAGCGGUACCAUUUUAUAAUUAGUGCAAUGGUAAAUCUAAGUGCCAAAAUCGUUAAUAGUACUUAAAUCGCCUUAAACCGCUUGCAGUGCGACCUCGUGGCGUCACACGACACUACAGUCGCGAUGUGAACGGGCUCACCGUUUCAAGUUCGAAUUACAAUAUUAACCUUAAACGUCAGACAUAUAGUCGUAAGACGGUAGAUAACUAGGUACCGAUGGACGGUGCCUGCUUUGUAUAUUUCGUACGUUGUAUUACCGAUUAACCGAUAGUAAUUUCGAUACACCUCUACGUCUUCCAAUUUUUAUGAAAAUGGAAGGACAGCGAGCGUUUUACGCCCUUAUUUCUUAUCAAAACUAACUUGUAGAGUACUUGUGUAAUCUUACUCUAUCAUAAUUAUAACAACGAAAGCGUAUGAUAAUA